AUGGCCCCAUUAAAAUCGUCGACCAUACCACGUUUGGAGCUGUGCGCAGCUCUGUUGUUAGCGAAGUGGAUGGCUCGAAUACGAAUAACAUUAAGCGUAAAACUAAAAAUAGUCGAUGUUUAUGCGUGGUCGGAUUCUGCUACUGUGUUGAAUUGGCUUCAGUAUCCACAUGAAUCGUUUAAAAUUUUUGUGUCAAACCGUGUGUACAAAAUCCAAUCUCUACUACCACAGUGUCGAUGGAGUUAUAUAUCGUCGAGUAGCAACCCAGCUGAUUGCAGUUCCCGGGGGCUCCUGCCGUCGGAGUUAAUAAAACACAAACUAUAUUUCAGGGGACCGGCGGUGUUGUACUUAUCCAAUGAAGAAUGGGACACCGCGGUUCCGGUAAUACCAGCUGAUCAGCUGCCCGAAAUAAAAGCCAUUCGCCCAGUGGUAAUAACUACGCACGUCGAAGAAAGUGAAUGGUACACCCAAUUUUCGUCGUGCGUACAGUUGAUCCGAGUAACGGCCCGCAUACGCCGAUUUAUUGCCAAAUGUCGAUGUCAGCCCGCACCCGUCGAAUAUAUCACGCGUGAUGAAUUCGAUCAAGCAGCGCUUGCGAUAUCGCGCUCUAGUCAAUUGUAUUAUUUCCAUAUGUUAAGACAAGAGUUGUCACAUAACCGUCCCGUGUCAAUGCGUCCAGUCGCCCGCCUACGGCCGUUCAUAGAUGAAAAAAAUCUGAUUCGUGUUGGUGGUCGAUUAUCCAGAUCAGACCUUCCGGACCACCAGAAGCAUCCGAUAUUGUUAAGCAAGUCGUCGUACUUCUCGUUAUUAGUGAUUCGUCAUUGGCAUGAAGUCACGGGUUAUAGCGAACCACAGAUUAUUUCGUCUCUUGUGUGUCGCACGUACUGGAUACUGUCGCUCCGCACGUUAACCCGCACCGUGAUCAGUCGGUGUACGAGAUGUGUUCGUCUCACGGUCGCCAAUCCUCAGCCGGUUAUGGCCGAUUUGCCAGCGUCACGCGUAACGGAAAGCCGCCCGUUUUCAAGGGUGGGAAUCGACUAUGCGGGCCCGUUAUUGGUAAAAGAAAGUCGACUUCGAAAAGCACGACAAAGUAAAAUAUAUGUGGCUGUCUUCGUAUGUUUUGCGGUUCGAGCGGUACACCUGGAGCUAGUUUCCGAUUUGAGUACCGAGGCGUUCAUGGCAGCUUUAAACCGGUUUGUAGCGCGUCGCGGUCUACCGUCCGAUAUUUUUAGUGAUUGCGGCACGAAUUUCAUAGGCGCUGAUAACCAGCUUCGCACCUUGGUGAACGAGCCGGCGGGUCGUGAUCAAUUAACGAGUGGUGUCCAGUGCAACUGGCAUUUCAACCCACGUAGUGCCCCGCAUUUCGGCGGACUGUAG